AUGGAAAAAGAAAACGAAUCCAAUUACAAAACGAUAAAUAAAAAUUUAGAAACGGAAAAGCUCACGAAGGGAGAAGAAGUGGAAGAAGAAGAAGAGUCAGGUGAAAUUGAUUGGCUAAACAUGGAUGAUAAUGAAAUAUCGACGAGCAAGGAUGUCAGUCAUCAAUUUCAAAACGUGUCAAAGGAAUAUCAAACUUCGAGCAAUAUCAACAAUGUUGAGAAAAUGGUAUCUGUUUGCAGGGAAUGUCAUGAAACGUGUUUAAAUUCCAGACAUGGUAAUAAUAUAAGGAAAAAUAUUGAUGCGGAAAAUUGUGGAGAUACGUGGGGGUCGUUGAUGAUGCUUGGAAUAUGCGGAAUAUUACCAACCAUAAAAAAUUCAAAUGAUCCAUUCGAACCGAGUGGACCCCCAUCGAUAUCGAUUCUACCCCCGACACCGGAUAAAAAGCAUAAAGUCGAUGAUAAAUCAUGUAACGGAAACAACAAUUACAUACUCGAUGAUAGUGAUGGUAGUCGGAGCCACAAGUUCACCACCACCACCGCUAAUGCCACUUCUUCUUCGAAUUCUUCCGAUCCAUUGUUUUCUUCUUCUUUGGUAACUUGUAUAAAGAAACCCCAAGCACAAUUUGCACAUUUAGUUGACACGGAGGAUGAUGAAACACUAGAAGAUGAACCUCCAUACAAAACAUUGUCUUCGCCAACUGGACUUCGAAGGUUCGGAACGUUAAACAGUUUAGAAAGGUUCAGUUCUGAAGAUUUAGAUCAAGAAGAUUUUUCGGAAAAGGAUUCUUCUGAUUUGAAAAAGGACAAAAGGAAAAACGAAGAAGAAAAUAAUGAUGAUGAUGGCGGGGAUGCCGACGCCGACGGUGAGGAUGAUGAUGAUAAAAUUGUAGUUAAAACUCACGCGCCUGAAGUAGGAGAUUCUAUUAGAGGUUGGACUUUUAGAGCAAGUUCAUACGUAGCUGCAAAGAUGGCGUUUUUUGAACGAAUGAGUACUCCCGAUAAUUCAGUCAACAUUCGUAAGACAACCUUUCUCGAAAGGUAUUUAAAACCAUCCGGAGAGAAUAAUUUAGAGUCUCCCGAUAUGGGAACAAACACUUCCUCAUCGGGUAAAGGAGAAGAUGAGGGAGAAACUUCGGGUGCGACAUCGGGAGAAGAAGUCUGGGGAACUCCAACCAGUGGUGGAGAUUUCGAAGAUGAACCAUCUAACGAAAUCUACAACAUGUCCUUUUCAGAUUCACCUCGAGGAUCAAUCGAUAUUAAUGACGACACGGAGCAAUUAAUGGAUGAUUUAUUUAUUUCAUUUCCCAUGAUAGGAGUUAAAAGUCAUGGAAUGCGUCCGAGGCAAAGACUCGAACCGCUUUUGGAAGAAGAUGAUUCGGAAUCAUCAUCGGUUCCGUGUAGCCCCCCCAAAUCGUUACAGGCUCAAGGGACGAAUGAACAGGACAAUGUUUUACGUGAACCAUUUUCUCGGCAACUAAACAAUUCAUUAAAAGUAUUAACGGUUCCAUCGCAGUGCGGAGAAAAAAAUUCGUUAAAUUAUCAGAGCAAAGAAUUUAAUUAUUGCGAUGAACAUUCUUCGGACAUUGAUUUAUAUAGCAAAGAAGAGACAACAGAAAAAAAACUUCCUUCUCUUUCUAUUUUUAGGAAAUUAGGUCUUAAGAAAAACAGACACGAAUGCGGAAGAAAAUGCAAUCGUUUGGGUAAAAAAGUUAACGGAAAUUUCACGAAUCGCGGUAGUGCCACGUACGGAGCAAAACCCUUAUUCAGGUAUCUUUUCAACAAAGACAGCGACGACGAUAUACCGACAUCUUUACCAAAGGGUCUCGCAUCGUAUAAGAGAAACGAAAGACGUUUGGAAAAAAGAUUUUGGAAAAAAUUCAAAAAGAAAAAUUCGAAUUUGGGAAUUUCCGUCAUACGAUUCAUGUCACUGCGUUGA